UCCAGGCUGUUUGUUUAUAUGCGUCUCCCUGCGCGAUCCUGCGUCCGUUUGUCGCGACAGCGCUUUCAGCAGCCGGUGACAACUUGAGUCCCCGAGCCCGACGACGGAGGGCGAGAUGAACGCACUGGCCUCCCGAGCCGUCCGAACCUGUGAUCGCUUGUGGCAGCCCCAGCCGGCGCUCCUGCCCUCAGGGUGACGCACAGUCCCGAACCGCCUAGACAGAUGGCCCCAGGCCAAGCGCCCCAUCAGCCUGCCCCCUGGAGGGAUACCCACCCCUUUUUCCUCCUGUCCCCGCUGAUGGGUCUUCUCAGUCGGGCCUGGAGCCGCCUGAGAGGCCCAGGACCUCCAGAGCCCUGGUUGGUGGAAACAGUAACUGGAGCAGAGCAGGGAGAAGCUAAGUCUUCUGCGGCCACUCACCAUGCCCCCUGGGGCAGGCACCCCCAAGAGGAGACUGGAGACACUGGAGCUGCUGAGGAGGAUGGAGAAGCAUCCCAGGGGGCCUGCCCUGACCUGAAAGCUGAGUGUUCUCUUCUGGAAAGCUGGGGACUUUCAGACGAUAAUGAGGAGGAGUAUGGAGGGGAAGAAGCAACCAGUGUCCCUAGAGAGCAGGGAAGUGAAUUUAUGGAUGGCCAGCCUGCUCCCCUGUCCCCCAGCCUUCUGAUAACAUCGCUGCAAGACCUUCCUGAAGAGGAAGAAUCUAAGGAAGAGGUUACUGAAGAUAAGCACGUGAUCACGUUCUCUAUUCCUCUGUCACACUGGGAGUGUUGUCCAGGGGAGGAGGAGGAUGGAGAAGCUGCAAAUAAAGAAGCUCCUAGAACAUCUGCCUCUCCCUUAGCUCUGAGAUCCAAGCCCAGAGCUUGGGUGUGCCGCCCGGUGGGUGGAGACACAGAGGAAGAAAGAACAGAGAAUAAAGCAGCCACGAAGACUUCCAUUUCCCCCUCAUCUGCAGGCUCCCACCUCAGGGCCUGGGAGUGGUGUUCAGGAGAGGAGCCCGAGGAGGAGGAGGAGGACAGAAAGGCUGAGAAAGGAGAAGCUGAGCCAGAGCCACACUCCUCAGUUCUAGCCCAGAGGUCCCCACUCAGGACCUGGCAGCAUGGAUGCAGUAAGAUCACAGAGGAAGAGGAGGAUGAGGACAGUGAUUCAGGAGCAGCUGAGGCUUCCUCUUCCAUCCCACCCACAAGUGCCUUCCUGAGGGCCUGGGUGUAUCGACCAGGAGAGGACACAGAGGAGGAGGAAGAGGAGGAGGAGGAGGACAGUGAUUCAGAAGCAGCUGAAGAGGGGGGAGAAUCUGAGGCUUCCUCUUCCAUCCCACCCACAAGUGCCUUCCUGAGGGCCUGGGUGUAUCGACCAGGAGAGGACACAGAGGAGGAGGAAGAGGAGGAGGAGGAGGAGAGUGAUUCAGAAGCAGCUGAAGAGGAGGGAGAAUCUGAGGUUUUCUCUUCCAUCCCUCCCACAAGUGCCUUCCUGAGGGCCUGGGUGUAUCGACCAGGAGAAGACACAGAGGAGGAAGAGGAGGAGGAGGAUGAGAACGAGGACGAAGAUGAUGAAUCAGAAGCAGCCGACUUGGGACCAAGUCCCCCCCUUCAGGGCCAGAGUGCCCUCCUCAGGGACUGGAUGCAUCAGCCUGGAGGGGAAACAGAGGGACGGGAAGCUGCUGUGGAGUGGGAAGAAACUGAGCCCUGCCCCUUCCGAGUGGCCAUCUAUUUACCUGGAGAGAAGCCGCCACCUCCCUGGUCUCCUCCUCGGCUGCCCCUCCGACUACAGAGGCGGCUCAAGUCUGCAGAGACGCCCACCAGCCAUCAGGACCCUGAGCCUCCCCUAAAGACCAGAAAGGUGCACUUCUCUGAGAAGGUCUCCGUUCACCUCCUGGCUGUCUGGGCAGGACCGGCCCAGGCUGCCCGCAGAGGCCCCUGGGAGCAGUUCGCCCGGGAUCGCAGCCGCUUCGCACGACGCAUCGCCCAGGCCCAAGAGGAGCUGGGCCCCUACCUCACCCCUGCCGCCCGGGCCAGAGCCUGGGCACGUCUUGGGAACCCUCCCACUUCUCUGGCCACCAUAGCUGCCCCUACCCAGACCUUACCAAUGUCCCCCAUCCAGGCCACGCCCUUGAACCAUGCUCUGGUUUCUUCCUCCCCUCCUUGUGUGUCUCCUUGCCUGGACCUCACUGGGAGGCGUGGCUAAUAUGAAGUUGUUUUCAUGUUGUUAACUAUUUAUUUUUUUUAAGUGUUGGUUUAUAUAAGGAAUAAAGCUUUUUGUAGUGA